AUGCAUCGAGCAUGUCGGCACUUCUUGCUCCUCAUGGCUCUGCUGCUGCUGGAUGUCGACAAAUGGACGGACCAGAUCGUGCCUGGUGGGAAUCGGACGGACGGGAAGCUAUCGAGGGGCGUGCUGCUGUGUGCAGCAGGCAUCAUUGCAAAGAGCGACCUCACUAUGUGUGUGGCUGAUGGGGGGCUUGCUGGUACAGAUUCUGCUGGUAUGGAUGCUGCUGGUGGGGAGUUUGCUGCGGCUGGAGGAGUGGAAGAGGGAGGAGGAGUGGGGUACGGUGCGGCAGGAACAGUGCCUGGGGGUGAUUGGGGAGGAGGGGAGCAGGAGCAGCAGCCGAGUUACGUACCAGACGGAGCCAAGUCAGUGAAGUGCAGGAAGAAGAUCGUCAUAUCACUUGCUGUCUCCAACGGUCAUACGCUAGGCACGGAGGCAAUAGAGGCAGUGCUGACUCGCGUGAGUGACAGCACAGGUGCUGCUGGUGGGAGAUCCGGAGGCAGCGGCAAAGGAGAUAACAGCAGCGAGGGAGCGAAUGGAGGAGGAGGGGGAGAAAACAGCACCAAGGAAGGGUACGGAGGAGGAGGGAAUGGCACAGUGGCAGGAGGGGGAGGCGGAGGAGGGGGGGGAAGGGGAGGAGGGGUAGGAAAGGGAGGGGAGGGAACGGAGAGGCGGUUAGCAGACCCUGUGAAAAUUACUGUGGUGAAGACGCCAGUCUAUGCCGUGUACCCUCUCACGUUCCUGCAGUCCUUCAAUGGCCGGCCGUACGAGGUGGUGGUGACUACAACGGGGUGCAGGGACGGUGCCUAUGACAGCGAUCCCACAUGCGGCUGGUUCCUCUACCCAGACGGCUCCAGGGUUCCCAAUAGCCAGGGGUUCUGCUGCAGUUGCAGUGGGGGUGACACGUGGAAGGACUCCAUUGGUCUGGACAAUCCGCAGCAGUUCAGGGCUGACCUGGACUGCAGCCUGUGGCGGCAGAAGCUGUUCUUUGGAGGAGUGCCCUCCAGCUCUCACUGCCUUCGAUUCAACGACACCUGGUACCCCACGUACCGCAUAGGCGUGGCGUCUCUGGUGUUCCAGAUCCAAAUCACCAUCAGCAAGCUUCUCUCUGACUCGCACGAGCAGGAAACGCUCAUACUAUCCCCCACGGCCCCAGUCGCAGUGAACCCCUCUCAAUCACUCUCAGCCACUCUGGUGGGGGACUUUUUGACCUACACGCAGCUGCCCAACCUGAGCGACCGCCUGCUCUCCGUGCCCCUGCAGCCUGGCUCCCCCACGUUCGGUCGUUUCACUUCUGACACUUCAGGCUGGCUGCUGGUGGACAAGGAGCGCUACUCGCUGGACGGCAGCGAGUGCAGCAAGGUGGGCACCAGCUUCAGCGCCUUCCGCUUCGAGCCCGACCGAUGCCAGCGCUCUGUUGGUUCCUGCCUCUCAAAUCAAUUACUGGACUUCGCCCAGGAGGACGCCCAGCGAGUGGCGCAGGGCCUAGACCCCAUUCACGCGCUGUCGUCGCUCGGGCCGAUCACCACCCUGGAAAGCCCCAACGGCUCUCUCAGUAUCGCUCUCGUGGUGACUCAGCGACUCAACUCCCUCAUCACCCUCGAAAUUGCUGCUGAUGACGUCACCUUCAUCAAGAACAGGAGCCCCGGGCGCAUAGUGUCGGUGGCAGUGCCUCUCUUUGAGGCCAUGUCGAGUGAGGGCAGGGUGAACAUCAGGAUUGCCAACAAUGGCUCUCUGGAUGCAGACUUCACCCUCACGAUUCAGAAUUGCUCCUCAGGGGUUCUCCCAAUACCAGCACAGGAGCGCAGCAUAGCAGCAGGAGCAACAACCAGCUUCACCUUUCUGCUGCAACUCCAAGAUUCCCUUGCCUCGCAACGCUCCUGCCUUGUGGUCCUAUAUGACGCCAUCUCAUCAGUUGCUGACGUGGCACCCCUCGCCUUCACCACCAACGCCACGGUGGACAACCGCGGGGCGCAGAGCGGGCAGUCGGACGGAAAGGCCAUCCAGAACACCACGCUCUUCUCCCCUCGCCCUGGCUCCUCCUCCUCUUCUUCCUCCAAUUCGCGUUCGAGUGACAGCACUUGCAGUUUGUUGUGUGAUCCCUCAAUCUUUUCCUACCCUCCCCCACCCCUUAUGUGGCCCAUAUUCACCCCACCCCAUGUUACCUCUUCCCCUUCCCCGCUCAUCACCCCUGCUUCAUCGCUCUGGUGUGCUCCUCCCCGCCCUCGCCCUCCCCUUCUUCCUCCUGCACUCUCCUCACAAGAUCCUCUUACCCUCGCUCACCCCCCAUCUCCCAAUACCACCCCUCACCCCCUGUUCCCUCCCCGUCCUGCAGCUCUCGUCACCUUGGCCCUGCUUCAUCGCUCUGGUGUGCUCCUCCCCGCCCUCGCCCUCCCCUUCUUCCUCCUGCACUCUCCUCACAAGAUCCUCUUACCCUCGCUCACCCCCCAUCUCCCAAUACCACCCCUCACCCCCUGUUCCCUCCCCGUCCUGCAGCUCUCGUCACCUUGGCCCUGCUUCAUCGCUCUGGUGUGCUCCUCCCCGCCCUCGCCCUCCCCUUCUUCCUCCUGCACUCUCCUCACAAGACCCUCUUACCCUCGCUCACCCCCCAUCUCCCAAUACCACCCCUCACCCCCUGUUCCCUCCCCGUCCUGCAGCUCUCGUCACCUUGGCCCUGCUUCAUCGCUCUGGUGUGCUCCUCCCCGCCCUCGCCCUCCCCUUCUUCCUCCUGCACUCUCCUCACAAGACCCUCUUACCCUCGCUCACCCCCCAUCUCCCAAUACCACCCCUCACCCCCUGUUCCCUCCCCGUCCUGCAGCUCUCGUCACCUUGGCCCUGCUUCAUCGCUCUGGUGUGCUCCUCCCCGCCCUCGCCCUCCCCUUCUUCCUCCUGCACUCUCCUCACAAGACCCUCUUACCCUCGCUCACCCCCCAUCUCCCAAUACCACCCCUCACCCCCUGUUCCCUCCCCGUCCUGCAGCUCUCGUCACCUUGGCCCUGCUUCAUCGCUCUGGUGUGCUCCUCCCCGCCCUCGCCCUCCCCUUCUUCCUCCUGCACUCUCCUCACAAGACCCUCUUACCCUCGCUCACCCCCCAUCUCCCAAUACCACCCCUCACCCCCUGUUCCCUCCCCGUCCUGCAGCUCUCGUCACCUUGGCCCUGCUUCAUCGCUCCGGUGUGCUCCUCCCCGCCCUCGCCCUCCCUCUCACCCCCCAUCUGCCCAAUAUUACCCCCCACCCCCCUUACUUUCCUACUUUCCCCCAGCUCUUAUCACCCUCGCCAUGCUUCAUCGAUCCGGUGUGCUCCUCCCCGCCCUCGCCCUCCCCUUCUCCCUCCUGCACUCCGCUCUCAAGGCCCUCCCCCCUCCCCCCUCCGCCUCACCCUCUCUUCUCCCGCCGGAUCCUGCUGCUGCUGGGGAAGGGGGGGCGCAAGGGAAUGGGGUGGGGGGAACGCAUGAGAGUGGGGCGGUUUGGGCCACUCCUGGUGGUGGGUAUGAAGAGGGUAUGGGUAAAGGGAAAAAGGGAAAGAAAGGGAGGAAAGAAAAAGGGAAAGGGAAGAUGGAGGAAGGGGAUGAGGAGGUGGAGGAGGGUGGGAUGGAGGAUGGAGGGGAGGGAAGUGGGGGUGAAAUGGGGGGGAGGCGGUACGGCAAUAGUGUGUGUAUAUUUGUGGAUGGUGGAAGGAGAGGGUCCACUUUGGCUGUUGGACCGGGAAUGGAUGAGGUUCCUGGUUCUGGGCUCCACAGCCCUUCGGCCAUCCAUUGUGCAUCAUCGACAGCUGCACCGUCCAUGUCGGCACCAUCAACAUCUGCACCGUCCACGUAG